AUGUCUCCAGGACAGAGCCAUCGCCGCAUGUUUAGUCUUACUCGGGGAAAGGGUAAAGAUAAGCAGCUGGACGAAGGCGUGCAGCAGGCGUCUCAGUCGCAGCAGCUCCCUGUACCUCCUGCAUCCCCUAGGAGGUCACGGCACUCUUCUGGCGGCCAGAAGGAGGAAGAUUCACCGUUUAUCACGCCUCAAUCACCUUCUCUUUUACCUCUUCGUCCAGAGAAUGUGCUAUUCCGUGGAUUCCGAUCGAUGCACACUGGCACACAGACGUUCAUCCAGGCAUUGCAAGCGGUACCCUGGGCUGAAGACCAGGAUAAUGACGACGAAUACAUGAAUCACAACAUCACCCCAGGAGAGCCGGAGAGCGACGACGAGGACAAACCAAUGAGCCGACUAACGUCGUCGAUUCAUGCUAUCUACCGGCCUCUAGCACGCCUCAGGAAAGGAGAAAGCUCCUCGACUAAUCGUACCGCCCGGAAUCCGGACCUCCCCAGUGUCGCCGACGAGGACUUGACACAACCAGAACUUGCGCACCUCGAUGAUGACGCGGAAGGAGACUUUGAGCCCAUGGAGGGUGGGGUCAUCACUAACGCGAGCCAUGCCGGCCGUCAGUCACCAGAGCCCAUCCCUGAUCUUGAGACCUCAAUUCCUGGUAUCCCCGGAAUCUCUACAAUCAUCAAGAGAGGCAGGGACAGAGCGACAAGUCGAGCGGGAAGCAUGGCCACGGUGCGCGUUAAGCGUCGCGUUCAGUUGGCUGAGAAGUUGCGCGAGGUUUUUGAGCUUUCCGAGAUCGGCGAAGUCGUCGCAGAAAUGCCUUGUUGGCUACUCCGCUCUGUUCUGCUCCAAGGGUACAUGUACCUCACAGACGCAUACAUCUGCUUCUUUGCCCACCUUCCGUCCAGAGAGGAUCAAGUGUUGAAGUCAGGCAUGCUGUUCAAGAAGGCUCAACGCACCAAGCGUUGGAUCAGGCAUUGGUUUGUUCUACGAAAUGAUGUGCUGUCGUGGUAUCAAUCGUCAUCGGAUCCUUAUUUCCCUCAUGGAGUCGUUGACCUUCGGUAUGCAAUCAGCUGUGAACCCGUUGACGAGAAGGACAUCCGCUUGAGGACAAAUCAGAAGUCCAUUCGAUUGUCGGCCGACUCUGUUCCCAGUCGCGACGAAUGGGUCAAGGCUAUUAAGAGGGUCAUGCUCAAGGCGCAGAAUGCAGGCGACAGUAUCAAGAUUGCCAUCCCGUACACUACGGUCGUUGAUGUCGACAGGUCCAAUGCCAUGGAUUUUAGCGAAACCAUCGAGAUCAAAGUGCAGGACAAGCAUACCGACCUUGCUCUUGAUUCCUACUUCUUUGCAUACUUUCAAGACCUCCCCCUUGCGCUGGAGCAGAUCCGUGAUGCUGUUCGCACUUAUCGCGCUUUUGCGACUCCUACUCUAUCCACUGUAGUAGAUAGCACGGCAGGUCGCCCAUCUCCUCUCGGAGACCGCUCACAAGCCACCGUCCCUCCAUCUGAAGUCUCUCCCAAGUCCCCUGGGUUCCGCCUCACCAGCUUCCUGAAGCCACUCCAGGAGACCCUCCCUAUGACACGCAAUGCCACUGCUCCAGCAUCCCGCGACGGUAACGACGACUUCACCCAUAUCAUCAAGCGGACUGGAGGUUCAUUCGUCCCCAUCAUUGCAUCGCCUGAGCACAGCUCUCCUCCAGAAGGUGAGCUUCCAAGGCCACCUGAACCUUCCCAAUCAUCCACCUCGAAUCUGACUCCGACCACACCCACCAUUCACACCUAUCCUCCUUCAACGACUUCCUCUGUCGCAGAUGUCCGCGCCUCGGUUCCUGCGUCCGCUCCAUCCAGUUCCACCUCUCUGUGGUCGUUGGGUUUACCUCCCAUGCCCAACUGGCUCAAGGUCCCCCCGCGUCCGACCCUGUUUGGCUCUCCUUUGACGCCUACACGUCCUCGCAUUGAGGACUCGGUUACCAUGCCUGUUCAUGUCACGGAAGUCGUAUCCUCCAGCGCAUCCUCUGGCAACCGUCAAACGGCGAGUGCUUCGACCAGCGGCGAGUUUGGGUACUACAGCGUCUUAGAGACUCCGGAGACGUCUGUGGAUCAGGAAACGGCGGAUAAGUUCAGAAUGGCCUUCGCCUUUGAUGACAAGGAGAACGUCCUAGGCAUGUUCACUGGACAUCUGUUCAGGCUUCUUCCUGUGUAUGGCCGUCUCUACGUGUCGAACAACCACUUUUGCUUCAAGUCGAGUGGACCUCUGACUACGAAGACAAGGAUGAUCCUUCCUCUCAGGGAUAUUCUUUCGACAGAGAAGCACAACGCCUUCCGCUUUGGACAUCAUGGUCUGGUCAUCAUCGUGAAAGGUCAUGAAGAACUGUUCUUUGAGUUCGCAGAGGAGGAGCGCCGGAAUGCCUUCAUCAGCGUGAUCAACAAGCAGCUGGACGACGUUCGCCAGCGCACCAACACACUUGACCCUCGAUCUUCCGUGGACGCUCGCCGAGAGACACUCAUUCUGGAAGAAUUCGGCCCUAGGGAUCCUCUGUCGAACCUGAGCGAGUCCCAGGAUGGCUCAGCGGAAGCAGCGCCGGCAUACAUGUUCACCUCUCAGUCGUCGACGUUCCUGUCCUUCAAGCCCGAGAAGUCGUUGCACUUCACCAUGUUGACGAUCGGGUCGCGAGGAGAUGUGCAGCCGUAUAUCGCACUCGCAAAGGGACUGAUGGCAGAUGGCCAUCAUGUGCGAAUCGCUACCCACGGAGAGUUCAAGGACUGGGUUGAGUCUCACGGCAUCGAGUUCGGCUACGUUGGCGGCGAUCCCGCGGAGCUGAUGAGGAUUUGUGUUGAGAACGGAACUUUCACAGUCGCUUUCCUCAAAGAGGGCAUGCAAAAGUUCCGCGGAUGGAUAGACGAUCUCCUCAAGACGUCUUGGGAGGCCUGCAAGGGCACAGAUGUAUUGAUCGAAAGCCCUAGUGCGAUGGCUGGUUAUCAUAUUGCGGAGGCAUUGAAGAUACCCUACUUCCGCGCCUUUACCAUGACCUGGUCGCGGACAAGAGCAUACCCCCACGCCUUCGCGGUGCCCGAGCACAAGACCUACGUCCUAUUCGACCAAGUAUUCUGGCGCGGCACCGCUGGUCAGAUCAAUCGUUGGCGCAGGAACACGCUCGGUCUCCACGGCACGAAUCUAGACAAGAUGGAGCCUCACAAGAUUCCUUUCCUCUAUAACUUCAGCCCCACUAUUGUUCCACCGCCACUAGACUGGCCAGAGUGGAUUCGCAUCACAGGCUACUGGUUCCUUGACGCGGCUGAUGUGAGCGCGAAGAAGUGGGAGCCUCCACAAGACUUGCUCGAUUUCAUGACGGACGCUCGCAAGAACAAGAAGAAGGUCGUUUACAUUGGCUUCGGCAGUAUCGUUGUGCCCGAUCCAAAGGCCAUGACGCGCUGUGUCAUCGAUGCCAUCGUGCAGAGUGGUGUGUACGCCAUUCUGUCCAAGGGGUGGUCAGACCGUCUCGUCAAGAAUCAGCCUGAAAACACCGAGCCGGAAGAGCCGCUGCCGAAGCAGAUCUACCCCAUCUCGUCUAUUCCUCAUGACUGGCUCUUCGAGCAGAUCGAUGCUACGUGCCACCAUGGAGGAGCAGGCACUACUGGGGCUAGUCUGCGAGCCGGCAUCCCCACAAUCAUCCGGCCCUUUUUUGGCGACCAAUUCUUCUGGGCUGAUCGUGUGGAGGCAUUGGGAAUCGGUGCUGCUUUGCGCAAGCUUACGGUUGAAACCCUGGCGGACGCGCUCCUCGAGGCGACGACCAACGACAAGAUGAUCGAGCGUGCCAAGGCAGUCGGCCAACAGAUUCGAGCAGAGAACGGUGUUACCAACGCCGUCGAGAUGAUCUACCGCGAUCUUGAGUAUGCUCGUACGCUCAUCAAGGGCGCCGCCCAACGCGAGGUCACCCAUGACGAGUUCUUCGACGCCGAACAUGCCACUAUCCGCGACUACGCGUUCACCUCCACGUCCCCGGAACACCCCAGCCCUAGCUGGGGAGCUACCAGCGAUUGGAGUGUCAUAUCUGACUCGGACGAGCCCCUUCAAGAUGCCCCUUCUGCUGCUGCUGCUACUACUCCUGCAAAGUGA